CCCUAUUUUAAUAAGAUAUGCACUGGAUUAUCCAAUAUCUUACGUCUUUCCAAUGACACAAUGCGCCAUCGCAAAUAUAAUCGCGUGGCUCACGUUUUCUCACGUGUCGUAAAUGUAUUUAUUGUAAUUAACUAUGCAGCAAAUGGACAAUCUCUUUUCUAGGAGACAGAUCGCUGGCUCGGAGGCUGCAUCCGGGCCACCGCAGGGAUCAAGUUACGGCGGGGGCGUGCGAAUGUCAAGGAACCCUAGCGUCGCGCGACUCGCGAGGGCCUGCGCUCGAGCUCUCGACUCGUCAGUCGCAGCCGACAUGUGCGUCCGCGCGCCCGCUGCCGCCGCGCUCUGUUCUCUCGCCGCGAUCGCCGCGCUCGUACCGAUCGACAGCGUCAAUGGUUUUGAGUGUACCAGAGACGGUCUCCAUACAGACUAUGAUCAAAAUUGCCAAAAAUAUGUCCGCUGCAGCAAUGGUGUAGUGAAAGGAAGAUAUUCGUGCCCUGAUGAUCGGGUGUUCAGUGAAGCUGAGGGUGCAUGUGUACCGCGAGCCCGACGACCCUGCGUGCGCCGAGAGUGCACGUCUACAGAUACACUUGCAUAUGCAAGUCCUGGCACAGCUUGCCGCCAGUACUACCGAUGUGAAAAUGGUACAGCAGUAGAGCGCAGCUGUCCCACGGGAGCAUGGUUCGAUCUGGAACACCAGGCGUGCACUCGGGGCGCCGGCACCUGCUUCGAGCCGGUGUGUGCGGGGCUGCCCGACGGAGAGUACCCUGACGCGUCGCACGAGUGCCGGCGCACGCUGCGGUGCCGCGGCGGCGAACUGCGCGCCGUGGCGUCGUGCGGCGCGCACUGCGCCACCGUGUGUCCGCCGCCGCGCGCUGCUGCAGCCCCGCUGCCGGCAGGUGACGCAGACUUCUGCUCUGACGAGACUUGUUCUUCACUGUGCCGUGACAUACCUAAUGGUGCAUAUGCAGACCGUACGACUAGCUGCCGCGAGUAUUUUGUUUGUGAAGCGCAUCGAGUGAUCCGCCGCGGAGUGUGCGAGCCCGGUCUCUUGUUCACUAACGGUGCAUGUGAGCCAGCCGCACAGUCGUUGUGUCCCGCGCCCGCGCUGAGCCCGUGCUUCAACAGACACGACGGCCUGCACAGACUGGCACGACUGCGCCUCCUGGUUCGAGUGUCGCCGUGAGAGAGUCGUCAAGCGCGGCUCGUGUGCACCAGGUCUCGUGUUCGAUGGCAGUGGCUGCAGUCCUUCCGAUAGUUUCCUUUGCGAUGGUCCAGCGAUCUCAACAGAAUGUGAAGGGCUUCCAAGUGGCACAUACCAAGAUUUGGACUCUAACUGCACUCGCUAUUUCCACUGCGAAGGUUUACUCCGAACCAUGCUUGCCUGUCCGCCGGGACAGGUGUUCGAUGGCGUGAGGUGCUCGCCAGCCUCACACUACCUGUGCCCGAGUCUAGAACGCGAGUCUUGCUACGGCCGACCGGACGGUCGAUACCGUGCUGCUGACACUGGUUGCAGAGGCUACUACGAGUGCGUGCGCGGAGAAAAAUCCAUCUACGCGUGUCCAACAGGCCGCGUGUUCGAUGGCGAGUCUUGCGUGCCCGCGAAACCUGGAUUGUGUCUGCGAGAAGACCAUUCGUGUGAUGGUCUCUCAAACGGCUACCACGCAGAGAUCGAGUCAGGAUGUCGAAGAUACUUUUACUGCGAGCGCGGCGACCGGCUGGUGACGCUGUCUUGCCUAGGCGGGAAGAUGUUCGACGGUCGUGCGUGCGUGAAAGCGUCGCAGAUGUCGUGCGGCGGGGUGCGCGGUACCCAUGGCGUGGAGGAGGGCGCGCGGUGCGUGCGCGACGGGUUCUUCGUGCAGGCGGGCACGGGCUGCCGGCGCUACUACUUCUGCGUGGGCGGCGCCCGCACCGCGCUGUCGUGCGGCGCGGGGCUGCGCUUCAACGGACAGCUGUGCGUGCCGCCCGCGCAGUACACGUGUCCCGGCUGAGCCCGGCCCGGCCCGGGCCCCGGCCCUGGAGUCGCUCACGAUGUACCUGAUCCUAUUUAUUCGAGGCUGUGCCCUGCGCGGGCCCCGGGCCCCAGCGGCCGGGCCCCGCUGUCUCGUGCGCUAUGAUUACACCAGUCUACCACAACUACCUCCUACUUGGCAAUAAGACACGAUUACUUCUUACUCUUUAUUGGCAUAGAAACUUUCAAGCGACCUAAAUACUUCUAAUAGUAAUUACACAUUGACUAUAUAUUACAGUAUUACUUUACAAACGAAUAAUAAGCUCCAUGAAUAGAAAAAUAAAAUCUCUUUUAACGACAUAAAAGAAUAGUUAAUUUAUUUAUUUAUAUUAAAUAUUAAUAUUAUAAUAGAUACUCGACCUUAAAUUAAUACAGAUUAUAAUCGAAUCCUCACCAAAUACAUAUUGAAUGAUAAUAUUUGUCAUAUUGGAGGAUUUUGUUUUGUUUUACAUGUUUUAAGAAAACUAUUCAAGUCCUUCAAUACAAAAAACACUAUCACCACAUUUAAAAUACUUUUAAAGUAUAAUAAUUUUGAUUAAAUGAAACAUAAACAAUCAACUUAUUGUAAUUAACGUGCAAUAUUCGUACAUUUGUUGAAUAUAUCUAAAUAAUUUUGGCAUUAUUCAUAAAUAGGAAAGCAUUUCUAAAUAAUGUACAUAGUAUAAUAUUACGUAUUUAAUAAAUAUUUUAAGUUUAAAUUUUCGUGUAUAUCAUUUAUAUGGUGGGGUCUAGUGAGAACGUCAUAACUACGGAGGCGGAAAAUGCAUUAAUUUAUAUUUACCUAGAAUGUUCAAUAUCUCGAUUGUCAUCACGAUAAUCCGUAGCCAUGACUAUCUCGAACUAAACACACCAACCCAUAUCACUAAAAUUUAUUUUAUACAUUUUUAUACAACAUUCAAUUACAUAUUUUUUUUUAACUUUUUUGACCUACUCGGACACACUUUACGAUUGUUUUACUACACUUACACAAGACCUUUUUAUAUAAAUUUUCAAUUGGUCCACGCCGGAAAUGACAAGAUUCACUUGUACGAUUUCGAACGGAAAACUUCAUACGAUAUCAACUUGGUGAAAAUACGGGCGCGGCCAAUCUGUGCCUUCGAAAGCACUAUGCCGAAGGGACAGCACUAUUUGUUCGUUGAAAACCUUGCAAAUAAAAGAAAACAUACCUAAAAGAGUGACUCGACAGAGUAAAAGCACCUUUCCAUUAAAUUCCCGAUUAGAUCGUUACUUCUCUAUACAAUUAUAAUGUCGAUAAAUGAUGACAGUGCACAUCACUAUUUUAUAUAUGGGGUAGAUCAUAUAUAAUAUUUAUUGUCAGAUUCAGUAGUUUUCAUUAAAUAGGCAAAGUACGUACAUUCUUAACGAUUACCGCACCUUGUAAACAUACCUAACAAAUUAAUAUGCAAUUGGCUCGAUUUAUGAAAAUAUAUUUAAAAAUAAAACAUUAAACAAAACUAUUCUUAGUAAAUACAAUUUAAAAUUUGCUCCGUUGCAUUGUCACAAUUUUAAAUAUUUUGAUUCAUUAUAAUUAAAGAACCUUUUUAUAUAAAACAUAAGCAAUUGCCUUGAUAAACUAAUGUCUUUAGCAAUGCCAAUUGGAAUACAAAUAUAAUACACUGGAAUAAAUUAUAAUUUCAUAAAAUGACGAUUAAUAUUUAAGUAAUACAUAACUAAUUUAAUAUAUUUAUACGUUUAACGCAAAUAUAGUCGGACAAGCUCUAACAGUAUAUAGUUUUCAACAAGGAUACUUUAAUAUAGUACCAUUUGCUUCCCUCAACCAAUGGAUGACCAACGAUUGAAAGUAGAUGGUAUCAUUGUUAAUGUAAUCAGACUUUAUAAAAUACCCUUGUUGAAAACAGAUCAAUUGUUACAAGUUGAAACAUCCACAUAAGCAUUACUUCAUUAUAAGCCAGCUGACGCAAGAAUUAACAAAAUUUAGACUAUUUGAGCUGCGUGAGUACGAGCAUUAGGAUAUUAUGAAGUUUAUAAGAAUGUGCUAAGUUUAGUCGACUUACCUAAAAAUGCAAUGCUGCUACGAAGCUUAUAAUUAUUUUGGACUAGAGCAGCUCAGCACAUGCUUCGAGAAGACGACAUAUGAAACUAAACGUCCGUACAAUGAAGACAGAUCAUGUGGAUGCUUGUUACACCCGAGCGGGCCGUAACAUGUAACAAUCACGUAGUGUAACACACUCGCAGUUUAUCGUGAACACAAUUAGAAUCAACACGGUUAUCAUUCACACGCCUCUUGCCCAUGAGAACAUUGUUUCGUUUUACACUAGACAACUUCAUGAAAACUAAUAUUGACUGUGGACCGUCGCACUAGACGAAACUAAUCCAUAUGAAACACAAACAAUGACAGACUUAUUUACACCAAACGUGUGGAAGUUUUAGAUUACAGACGAUUAUUUUUGAUCACACAUAUAAAAUAGCUUUGAGAUCUUCGUCUCUUUAUAAUUCAUACGAUAAUUAUGAUGACACAUAUAUUUUUUUAGUUUUACUAUGAAUAAUAAACGACACGCCAUAUUCUGAAAUGAAAAUCUCAGUCUUACCUCACGACGAGUGAUGAAAAGCAAAACUUUCGUUGGAUUAUUAUCAACAAACAUGAGAUACACAUUAAAUAAUAAUAUUAUAACGACGAUAACAUUAAUGCAAACAGCCCGAUGGAGAACAUUUUCAUUGCCAUUAACUUUUACAAUACAAUUUGUUGAAGCUGUAUCAAUAACGCGUAUGUAGCUUGUUUACGCACAAUCAAAGGGGAAGAUUUUUGCGCAGUUUAUUGCGCAAAGAUUGCGCAUGACUUUAGUUACAAUACUGUCGAUUUUACCGUUGUAAUAUGUGCUGUACAAUGUUCAGAAGCCAAAUAUUUUAUGUAUUACGAU